AUAGAAAACCGAGGUAAAUUACAGUCAAACCAAACCUUCCCUUCUCUUAACAAAUUCUUUGACAGAGAGAGUCGCGUUGGCUCCGUCUUCUUCUCUCUCUCUUCUUCGCUUAGCUCACAAGCUCAACUUCCAUGGCCCUAUAGCUGUUGCUGAGUCAUAGAAGCACCUCCGAUUAUCCAAGUUUGUCCUCCGCGGAUCUCAACUCUCGGACCUAAUUGAUCUGAUCUGGUAGGCGGCGAUGGCGUCGGCGAAGGCGGCUCGGUCGAGAGGCACGCCGGUAAAGGAGAACGGCGUCAAGCUCGAGGAAGGCCUCAAUGUGUUCAAGUCUGAUAGGUUCGACGCUCAGAGCUACGUUCAGUCGCGCUGCUCCCUCAACGAGAAGGAGUUGAGGCAGUUCUGUGCGAAUCUUUUCGAUUUGAAGAAGACAGCUGCGGAAGAGAUGCGCAGGAGCGUCUAUGCUAAUUAUUCGGCAUUCAUACAAACUUCAAAGGAGAUAUCAGAUUUAGAAGGGCAGCUUUCCUCUAUCAGAAACCUGCUAUCCACUCUAGCUACUGUAAAUCAUGAUCUAGCUGAGGGGGUAAAGAUUGAUCUAUCGAAAUCAGUGGAAGGGUCUACUGAAAAUGGUUCAUUGACUUUUGAAGAUAGAGAGCCUUCAGACUUGGAGAAAUGGCUAGUAGAAUUUCCUGAUCUCUUGGAUGUAUUGUUAGCUGAGAGGAGAGUGGAUGAAGCUUUAGCAGCCCUGGAGGAAGGUGAACAUGUGGCUUCUGAAGCAAAACAACUAAAGAUGUUGGAUCCAGCUUUACUUGUGUCUCUGCAGAAUUCUAUUACUGAACGUAGGCAAAAGUUAGCUGAUCAGCUUGCAGAGGCUGCUAACCAGCCUUCUACUCGUGGUGGUGAACUCCGUUCAGCUAUAUCGGCACUUAAGAAACUUGGGGAUGGCCCUCGUGCACACAGUCUUCUUCUGAAUGCACAUUACCAGAGAUAUCAGUAUAAUAUGCAAAGCCUUCGUCCAUCAAGCACCUCAUAUGGAGGAGCAUAUACUGCCGCUCUCUCACAGUUAGUUUUCUCUGCUAUUGCUCAAGCUGCCACUGAUUCCGCUGCUAUAUUUGAGAAUGAACCAGAUUAUACUUCUGAGCUCGUUAUGUGGGCCAUAAAGCAAACCGAGGCUUUUGCUCUUCUCAUUAAAAGACAUGCAUUAGCUUCAUCAGCAGCUGCUGGAGGUUUAAGAGCUGCUGCAGAGUGUGUUCAAAUUGCAUUAGGUCAUUGUUCCUUGUUAGAAGCUCGUGGCUUGGCCCUCUGUCCUGUGCUUUUGAAACUUUUUAGGCCUAGUGUUGAACAAGCAUUAGAGGCUAACUUAAAACGAAUUGAAGAAAGUACUGCUGCCUUAGCUGCAGCUGAUGACUGGGUACUUACAACUGCUCCAACAGCAACACGUCAACCUGGCAGGCCCUCAAGCACAUUCCUUGGUAAUACAACAGCGUUUCAACAUAAACUUACAAGUAGUGCUCAUCGGUUCAAUUUGAUGGUCCAGGAUUUCUUUGAGGAUGUAGGACCGUUGUUGAGUAUGCAGUUGGGAGGUCAAACACUAGAAGGCUUGUUCCAAGUGUUUAAUGCAUAUGUGAACAUGCUAAUAAAAGCAUUACCGGGUUCAAUGGAUGAAGAAGCAAACUAUGAAGGUUCUGGGAAUAAAAUUGUUCGCAUGGCUGGGGAUGAAGCCCAACAGAUGGCAUUGCUGGCAAAUGCAUCAUUGUUAGCAGAUGAACUACUUCCACGUGCAGCCAUGAAGCUGGCUCCCUUAACUCAGGCUGCAGUAAAGGAUAGAAGAUCAUCAGAUAGGCAAAAUCGCCAUCCUGAGCAAAGAGAAUGGAAGAGACGGCUCGUCAGCUCAGUUGAUAGACUAAAAGAUAGUUUUUGUCGUCAGCAUGCCCUAGAUCUCAUUUUUACAGAGGAGGGUGACAGUCAUCUUACCGCUGAUAUGUACAUAAACUUAGAUGGGAAUGUGGAUGAAUUUGAGUGGUUUCCAUCCCUAAUAUUCCAGGAACUUUUUGUAAAGCUAAGCAGGAUGACCAGUAUAGCCGCUGAUAUGUUCGUGGGAAGGGAGAGAUUUAUGACAUUGCUAUUUAUGAGACUAACAGAAACUGUCAUCUUGUGGCUUUCGGAAGAUCAAAGCUUUUGGGAUGACAUUGAGGAUGGGCCAAGGCCUUUGGGUCCUCUUGGUUUACAACAGUUCUAUCUAGAUAUGAAGUUUGUCAUAUGCUUUGCUUCACAAGGCCGUUUCCUAUCUCGAAAUUUGCAACGCGUUAUCAAUGAGAUAAUAUCUAAGGCAAUGACAGCAUUUUCUGCAACAGGCAUGGAUCCCUAUCGUGAGCUACCGGAAGAUGAGUGGUUUGAUGACAUCUGCCAUGAAGCAAUGGAAAGAUUGAGUGGAAAACCGAAAGCUAUCAAUGGAGAGCGGGAGCUUAACAGCCCAACGGCCUCUCUUUCAGCACAAUCAAUCUCAUCAGUUAGAUCUCAUGGGAGUUCUUGAGGCCUGCAGCCCGUUUCAUAUUUGUAAAGUAAAUAGAAAACAGAAUCUGUCAUGGAUUUUAUCCUUUGUAUUCAAAGUAGUUUAUUCCCCCGUAUCAUUUUUGUUUCCCUUCUCUAGUUUCUUUUCAAUUAUUUUAUUUUCUAGCAGCAUAAGGCUCUACCUGUAGGGCUUGUAUUUGCUCUCAUAAGGUUAGGAAUUCUUUUUUCAAAUAAUUGAGUUUGUAAAGUUGUUGAUUGCAUUGUUUCUCUGAAUACAUGUUUGUCCAAUUCUUUGAAACUAGUGUGGAUACUAUUGACUGAUUACUCUUGAAUUCAUGAAGU